UUGCGAACAAGGCGAAUUUGGUUAAUUCGCCUUGGUAGCAGAUUUUACAGGAAAAUGUGGAAAUAGUUUAAAUAUUAAAAAUAGUAAAAGCUUAAAGUAAACCCUACGCAAUACACUGCAUAAUUUCCACGUGUUUCCCACUGUCAUGCAUUGUGCAUUUUCUUCGGCCGCCACCAGGAGCCCUUUUAGUCAAGUUUUUUCACACUUGCCUCCGGAAUUGAUCCAGCUGUGCAUCCCAGAGUAAAGGAAAUGGCUGACAACAUUGCCAUUCGGUGGCUCCGACGCUACAAGUUAUUCUUUCUUCUCGGACUUUUAAUAUUUGGUGUGCAGAUAUUUCUCGCCUAUAAAUCUUUAAACAUUUCUAGUUCAAAUGUUAUAACUGCAAAUGCAAAUUUGUUUUUGGAAACCAAAGCACCGACCUCUCAAAGUAAAAAGCAGUAUGUAGCCAACGGAGGUGCCAUUCACCAUUUUGCCAGAGAUGAUCAUGAUGCGAAUACACUCUUACGACAUAAAGAAAUUAUAAAAAAUGAUCCCAAUAUCGAUGCUAAUUUUAGAUUUUCGGAGAUGGAUUCCCGUGGCGGUGAGGUAGAAUGUAAUAUUACUGCCAAGGAAGCUAUUUCUGCAAUGCAGCGAGCUAAAACUAAUGACUGUCGCAAGCAAAUUGCGCGUAUUGCCUGUGCCAUCCAGGCGGGCGAUUUUUAUGCUCAGAAGUUGCCCACUCACUGUCCUGCUGGGAAUUACACUCCUAAUGCCCCGCUUGGCUGCUUUCAGGAUGAAAAGGAUUAUAGAUUGCUGUCGGGAUAUUUUACAAAUUUGAAAUCAAGCAAUUCUCCACAAAAAUGCAUACGGCUCUGUCUUCAAUCGGGGUUUCCUUAUGCAGGAGUGCAGUACGCGACCGAAUGUUUCUGUGGCGCAGAUGUUCCGCCCCUAACGUCGAAACUACCAGAUUCUAGAUGCAACAUGAAAUGCUCCGGCAACCCGCGUUAUAGUUGUGGAGGGUAUUUAACUAUUAACGUCUAUGAAACUGGAAUUGCAAAAUUUACGUCACAUAUGGCUGAAGCGAGAUUUACGAAACCUGACACUGAACGAGUACGGAUAGUAUUUUUGCUGACGCUUAAUGGUCGUGCUCUUCGACAAGUUCAUCGGUUAAUUAAAACGCUCUACUCCCCAGAACAUUUUUUCUAUAUUCAUGUGGAUGUGGAAGAAAAAGAAUGA